AAAGCUGCUGGGUGCAGUGGAGGUAGUGGGAUCGGGAAGGGACCGGUGCCGUUGGUCUGCAGCACUGUAAGUGGGAACCCCUAUGCUGGGCUGGUGAGCCACCUGCGGGCAUCCUGGCUCUCCGGGAAGACACGGCCCUUGGAAUACCGCGUGGCCCAGCUGGAGGCCCUGGGACGCUUCCUGGAUGAUAAGAAGGAGGAGAUCCUGGAGGCCACCGCUGCGGACAUGGGCAAGCCGUCCUUUGAGGCUUACUUCAGCGAGAUCCUCCUCUGCAAGAAUGAGCUCAACGUCACCCUCAACAACCUGUGCCACUGGGUGAAGGACGAGCACGUGGACAAGAAUCUGGUGAUGCAGCUGGACUCUGCCUUCAUCCGCAAGGAUCCGUACGGGGUGGUGCUCAUCAUAUCGCCCUGGAACUACCCCAUCCACCUUUUCCUGGUGCCCCUCAUCGGGGCCAUCGCUGCUGGGAACUGCGUCAUUGUCAAACCCUCAGAGAUAUCCAAGAACACUGAGAGACUCGUUGCUGAAACGCUGAGCUGUUACCUGGACAAUGACUGCUUUGCUGUGGUGACUGGGGGUGUGCAGGAGAGCACAAGGCUGCUGGAGAACAAGUUUGACUACAUCUUCUUCACUG